GUGUAGAGCUAAAGGUUCUUUUCUUUUCGCCGCUUUCCGAGGCUCUCCGGCCUCCGUUGAGUGCGUUUCUGGCGAUUCGAGACGCCCAGAUCUGCUGCGCUUCCCGACGAGAACGACGCGCGGCGCUCGACUUCGCAGAAGGCGACAGUGUCUCGCAGGCGAAACCGGAGACGGACUACUGGGUGUCGAGCGGCCAGCGAGAACCAAUGCGUUUUCUGCGGCGCAAACAGGCUUCACUCACUCGCUGCUUCGAAGACUGAAGGUCUCUGCGUCGGUAUCGUAUGCACUCUCUGGAGGCGCGCAACGAACAAGGAUAGAAGGACGACAGGUCGCUGCCAGGCAGCAACUCCUCUCUCGAGGAAAAAGAGCCAGGGGAACGCCGUUCCUUCUCCGGAGUCUGGACUGCGAGAGAAAACGCUCUGCAGGCGUCUUUUCUCCGGCACCCGCAGCUUUCGCUCUCUCCCUCUGACUCCGUCUCGGCACCCUCUUUCGACUUCUCUGCGUUCCAGGUUUCUCUCGCGUUCUCGCCCUUCCUUACGCAGAUCCUGCUGGCCUCCAUGGCGCUCGAACGCAGGACAGCGCGGCGAGUGCCGCCUCGCAGUCAGAAGGAGCAAGAAGAACUAACGCCGUGGCUGACGGCUGGCCCUCAGGCGGAUGACAACGAGGAAGAAGAAAAAGAAGAGGAAGAAGAUGAAGAAGAAGAGGAAGAAGAAAAAGAGGAGGAAGAAGAAGAUGAAGAAGAAGAGGAAGAAGAAAAAGAGGAGGAAGAAGAAGAUGAAGAAGAGGAAGAAGAAGAUGAAGAAGAGGAAGAAGAAAAAGAGGAGGAAGAAGAAGAUGAAGAAGAGGAAGAAGAAGAUGAAGAAGAGGAAGAAGAGGAAGAAGAAGAGGAAGAAGAGGGAGAGGCGAACGCUUCGAAAGCGCGAGUGUUGAAACAAAGGGGGAAAGCAAUGAUAUCCGCACAGAAGAAAUCUCGUGACAAAGACGCAUCUGACGCUCUCUCGAUCUGCCGCCUCAUGAAGGACCUGGUCUCUGACAGUUGGGAUGGCCUCCGUGCAGAGGAAGAAGCUGAAGAGGAAGAAGAUGAGGAAGAAUCUGAAGAGGAAGAAGCUGAAGAGGAAGAGGAGGGUGAAGAAGGAGGUGAAGAAGAAGGACUUCCCUCAAAGUUGCUCAAGUCUCUUCAGCGCGCGCAGAGGACGGAAGAAGAAGAGGUGGAUCCCUUCGAAGGAGUCUCUGAGCACUCGCUGUCUCUGUUGAAGAGCGAAGGCGACCGACGGAGAGCUGCUGCGAGUUCACAGGCUGACUCUGGAGAAGAAGGCGGGGACGCAGGCACUCGAGAGGUCGACGCACAGCUGGACGCCGCAAGUGCGGAUGCGCUCUCCUUUUCGUCACUCCUCACUUCGCUCUCGACGACAACGAGUCGCAGCGGCCUCCGGAAGCAGCUGGAGUCGCUGGCGCGGCCUCGUGCGGCCUCCGCCGCCGCGUCGUCUGUUCGCGGGAGCGACGAGACAGCGGUCGACGCGGACGUCGUGCAGGAGCCUCUCGGACCUACGCAACAGAAAGCGCUGCUGCGGUCGGCCGCGUACGCGGAGGCGAAGGAAACUGCGAAAAAGUGGACGCGCGUCGUCCAGCGAAACCAACAAGCGGUGCAGCUUCAGCUGGGUGUCUCGACGGCGCGCAGCCGAGGCGGCGACGGUCGCGGCGAGGCGCCGACUGAAGUUCGCUCGCUGUCGCACGCGUUGUCGGAUUUCAAGGCGAACGACGCCUUCGAAGACGCCCUCCUCGCGGCCGUGAACGCAGACGGAGUUUCCGACCAGAAGCUGAAGGCAAGCGGCGGCCUGGGUCCGGCCGACGCCAUCAAGCGACAGGCGGAGCAGCGGCAAGUGGCGCGGCUGAAGUUUCUGCUCUUCACCGAGCAGAGACGCGCGCGCCGCCUGAAGCGAAUUAAGAGCAAGGUUUCUCGGAAGAAGCGCAAACAGGCGGAGCGCCGCGAAGAAGAGAAGAUCAUGGAGAAGCUGGAAGUAGGGAAUCCAGCUCUUGCGGAGGAACUCCGGAAAAAAUUCGAAGAGAAACGCGCAAAGAUGCGGCUGCUCCGCCAGCAAAACGCGCGCGCCAAGUGGGCGGCUCUCGCGGCCCGAUUUGGCGGCCGAGACGUUCAACAAGAAAUCAGCAGACAAAUGCAGCGCGAGGCGGACGAGCGGCGCACAGUGGAGCGUCUCGCCAGGCGGCGCCCAGGAUCCUCUGACGGCUCAGAGUCAGAGUCGGCAGAGUCGGCGGAGUCGGCGGAGAGCGAGGAAGAGCAGUCGGCGGGUGACAAGGCGCGACUGCUUCGAACGCUAUCGCGGGAGACAGCAGAUUUGCAGGAGGCGUUGCCAGACAAAGGAUUGCUGGCGCUUCCAUUUAUGCGGCGCGGCCUGGAGAAGCGGCGAGAACGGAACCGGCAGGAAAUCGAGAGACUGCGGAGACACGGAGAGAGCGAGGAGGACAGCGAGGGCGCGGACGAGGCGCUCGAGGCUGGAAGGAAGCCGAGUGGCGACGAGGACGCCAGCGACCUGGAAAGCACUCUGGACGAAACGGAGGCGCGCGAAGCUCGCGACGCAGUCGCUGAGGCAGAGGUCGAGAGAAGACCGACGCAGACAGGCAGACGGAAAAGGGCAGUGGACCUCGAUCCGAAGGCAGUGGAGGCCGCCGAGCAGGAACUUGAGGGGAAGUUUCAGUUCUUCGAGCUGAACGAAGCAGACGGCUCGGAGACCCAAGCGUCUCCGAAGGACGCUGGCAAAGCUGGCGCAGGGGAGCAAAGGGCGUUUGCUUCCUCUGCUGCUGCACGCGCGUUCUUCCAGGCGGAGCUGGAGAAAGAAGAGAAGCGCCGAGAAGAAGCCGCGACGAAGCGAAGCCGGGAGGCACACGCGACCGCCUGGGCGCAAGCAGAGCGCUCCGGAGGCAGCGAGCGCGAGAGACAACGCGAGCUCGAACGGAGUGCAGAAGCGGCCAAUCCGUGGCUGCGUCCACAGAAAAAGCGCAAAGUUUCCAUGGCGGGAACGCAGGUCGAGGAGACGGCGCAGCAGCUCCAGAAACUCCUGAACGACGAAGAGUCUUCAGCCUCCGAGGCGGAGGGCGCCCGGCCGGCGUCAAAUCUGCGGGGGAAGACCGAGAGGGAAGCCCAACGCGAAUUGAUUCAACAGGCCUUCGUCUGCGAUGAAGACGCAGAAGAAGAGUUCAUCCAGGAACAAGAAGAGGAAAACAAGAAAGAGGAAGACGGAGAUUUCCUGCCCGGCUGGGGCUCGUGGCACGGCCAUGGCGUGCGGCCGCGCAAGCGCCCGGAGCCUUCCCAGGCACAGAAGACGGCGCAAGCAGAAAAGAAAAAGAAGUCCACCGUCUUCAUCAACUGCACGCUCGACCGGAAAGCCGCUAAAUACUUCGUCCCCGAGUUGCCGCGGCCGUACACUGCGAAGGACCAGUAUGAGUCGACUUUGCGCCACCCCACAGGUCCGGAAUGGAAUACAUCGGCGGUUUUCAACCGACUCAUCGCUCCGAAAAUCAACGUCCGAGUUGGAGCUGUCCUGCCGCCGCUGCAAGUGGCGCGGAAACUCUUGGAACCUGCACAGCGAGACGCGCUGCUGGACGCUUGGGAUUCGAAAGCGAGUCGAAAACAGAGAACGAAGACUCGGCUUUAGAAGAGAUCCUCUCCCUCAACGGCUCUUGUUUUUCUACCACGCUUCACCCUUUCUCUCUCCACUUUUUCUCUUUUCCCCGACUUGCCAUCUGCUUCGCCUGUCUUUUCCUCUUGACUUCUUCUGCCUCGGUCGUCCUGCUCGGUCUCUCUCUGUCUCUCUCUGUCUCUCGAACCUUCUGUGGUGUCGGCGCCUGGCGCUCGGUGCGUCGCUUCGCUGGGCGAACUUUCAGAGCCGCCGGAGAGGGGGGGGACUCGCCGGGUCUCUUCUCUCGCUUGCAUGCAGCGAACACAAAUAAGUUCAGUCGAUGCCGAAUUCGUUCGCUUCUUCGUUAGACCCAGCGGAUCGAACCUUCUCAACACCGAGGGCGCUUCUUGUCUCCGACUCACGAAAACUUGAAGCCGGCAGCAACACAAACGAGUGCCAUUCAAAGAGCCACAGUCCCCUAGCCACUUUCAUGCUGUGCAGUGAGGGCAAUGCCAUAUAUAUAUCGAGCCGCAGAACAAAUGAAGGCAUACCCGUGUAAAAGAGCAGGCACGCACAUGUGUGUGCAUGCACGGGCAUGUUCGAAUAAAAGCCGUUGACGCGUUUCGAUGAACCCAACCAAGCUGCCCCCCACCUGGAAAGAUUGACAAGAAAGCUCAAAAGAGCUCUGCAUUUCGAGACGAAGCUUCACAGACUCCUGUCCUCUCUAGCUCGCUGGAGCAGCUCGUCACCAACGGGCGUGUGUCGCACUUCUGAUACAUAUUCGUAUAGAGACAAAUAUACUUCCAUAAAAAUUCUCAAACGUUCUACUAUGUUUGGACUACAUAUGUACAGAAGGAGAUGCACACUGCGCUGCGAGUGCGGUGUCCGUCCGUUUUAGUGCCGUUCCGUUUAAUGCUUGUACUUUUCCUCGCCGCCGCUGCAGCAUCGUCUUGACUAGAGAAGCUCACAAUCUGUAACGGCGGUUGUGUUUCUUUGUCGCUUCUCCUUUCGCUCCGU